CUGGUGGAUCCAGGAUAGUACUCAGGUUCUAAGAUCUGGUCCUGGAGAACUUGAUAAGAUCUCCGAUAACAAGAGCUGAAUAUACCAUGAUGAAAUUUUGUAUUCCUUCAGUGUUACAUCACCGAAUCCGAUUCCAUGCCAUUUCUGUUCUUAAAGCAGCGAGUCGUUCUUCGGUGACACCAACAGAUCAUCUACGAUUCGAUGCAGCUUGACUUUCACAAAGUUCAUUUCAGCAUGAAGGCUUUAUGGGAUCAAAAGACCUAAAAAGAUCUCCUGUAGAUACCAACAGUUUAUAGUCUGUAAAUUGCAUCAUCGCUAUUGCGUAGCUCAGAAUUUCUCAAAAAAUUUGCAUUAAAUUACAGUGUGAGCGUUCAGCUGUGCUGUGUACGUUACACAUCUCACAAUAUGUGUGUGUGUGUCAUCAUUCCCUGAAGAUCUUUUUGUACCUAGUUUGUGUAUUUUUCACAACAUUCGUUAAUGGUGUGUGUGUGUCAUCUUUCCCUGAAGCUCUUUUUGCACCUAGUUUGUGUAUUUUGCAAUUCAGCUUCAGAUUUAUAGCUGACGUCUGGCCACGAGGUUAGGUGUAACUUUCACCCAGAGAUGGAGCCGAAAGCCCGGAAUCCAUCUUCACGGAACAAGACUUUCAACUAAUAUAAGCGCUAUUUUCAGCUUAUUCAUCACUUAUUUAACCGGUGGAUAGAAAUCACACCAUGUGAACGCUCCACUGGGUUUGCAGCAAGCUCCAGUCCGAUCACUUCAGGGAAGAAAGUAUUGCGUAUCGCUCCGUGUGAGGAUGAUAAAGGGAAACGUCCUGAGCUCAAACCACAACACCAGCAAGAUUCGUCUCCUCUCUCUGUCUCUCUUUCUCUCUCUCUCUCUCUCACACACACACACACACACACACACUCGCCCUGAGCUUUUUCUUCAGCGUCAUCGUAUCGGGUUAUGCAGUCCCUGAAGAUGGAGGCACUUUUUAUUAAAAGGAUACAGGCUCUGCGAACAAGCGCUGGCAGUCGGCUGCGAGGCUCUCAGCUGCACAGCGAGGUGGCGAGGAUGAGCAUACAUGGGGUGGAGCACUGCAGGGAGAGGCGUCGCUCUGGAGAUCGCUCCAGGGAUUCCUCUCACGAACGGGUCGAGGGCCAGCUCACGCCCUGCAUCCGGAACGUCACCUCACCGACACGUCAGCAGCUCAGCGAUCGAGAGCGAGAAGCAGGAUCAUGGUCCAGGUCGGCGAGUCCCAGGCCUCAGAAAGGCUCCAGCUCCUUCUGCGCAGAUCCCCACAGUAAACCUCACGGCUCCGACAUGAUUUACGUGUACGAAAACGUGAAGGACGGCUCUCGGAGCGUGAGGACGUCGGAGAGGGUGACGCUCAUCGUGGACAACACGCGCUUCGUCGUCGACCCUGCCGUCUUCACCGCUCAGCCCAACACCAUGCUCGGCAGGAUGUUCGGAGCUGGAAGGGAGUACAACUUCACCCGGCCCAAUGAGAAGGGCGAGUACGAGGUGGCCGAGGGCAUCAGCUCCACUGUUUUCCGAGCCAUCCUGGAUUAUUACAAAUCAGGGAUAAUCCGCUGCCCCGAUGGGAUCUCCAUUCCCGAGCUGAGGGAGGCAUGUGACUACCUCUGCAUCUCCUUCGACUACAGCACUAUCAAGUGCAGAGAUCUGAGCGCACUGAUGCACGAGCUGUCUAACGACGGGGCGCGGCGGCAGUUCGAGUCGUACCUGGAGGAGAUGGUGCUGCCGCUGAUGGUGGCCAGCGCUCAGAGCGGAGAGAGGGAGUGUCACGUGGUGGUGCUCACCGACGACGACGUGGUGGACUGGGAUGAAGAGUAUCCACCUCAGAUGGGCGAGGAGUACUCUCAGAUUAUCUACAGCACAAAACUGUAUCGCUUCUUCAAAUACAUCGAGAAUCGGGACGUUGCCAAGUCGGUUCUGAAGGAGAGAGGCCUGAAGAAAAUCCGAUUAGGAAUCGAAGGUUAUCCUACCUACAAGGAGAAAGUGAAGAAGCGUCCCGGCGGCCGACCCGAGGUCAUCUAUAACUACGUGCAGAGACCGUUCAUCCGCAUGUCCUGGGAGAAAGAGGAGGGAAAGAGCCGCCACGUCGACUUCCAGUGCGUGAAGAGCAAAUCUAUCAGCAACCUGGCUGCGGCGGCAGCGGACACGCCUCACGACCAGCUGGUGGCGCUGCACGCCGGGCCUCAGGUGGACGAACUGGACAUCCUGCCAAACCACCAACAUCACCCUGAUCCGGACGCUCCGGCUCCGGCUCUAUGAAUUUCAGAAACGCAAGCGUAGUCUGGAUGCACUGGCUGAAUUUACACAACACACACGGCCAAACCCACGAUGCCUUUCCGAGCCCUUCCCUGCCUUAAGAGAGACCUGUGUGCUGAGCGCUGUCCAAUUCAGAGCGGUGGAUCGGCGAGUGUAAACCAUCCAGGCAGUGUUCAAAAGGAAAUGGACAAAAAAAAAACAAAUGCUAUGAUGUAAUGUAGCCUGCAAAAAUCCUGUUCUGUUGAGGCGUUUUAGAGCCCUGACACACCAAGCCUACAACACCAGGUUCAACAAAUAAAUUCAAUAGUAUGCCAGUUUAAAGCUCCCUGGCCUUGCGGGUUUUACCCAGAAACCUAAUUAUCUAACGUGAUGUAACCUAAUAACACAGAUAGGUCAGAUAGUUAGAUAGAUAGCUAGAGCAUUAAGAACAUUAGUACAGAUUAAGAGGAGAGAAAAUAAAGAAAAGUGUCGAUUAAAACCUCUAGGAAAAACCAAGCCAAACUCGGAAUUUCUCAGGACGGAUUCCUAAACCCCGAGUUCAGCAAGUGAUGUCAAAGCAACAUGGCUGCUUCCACCAAAGUAGCACUUCUUUACCUUCAAAUGAAUUAUAUUGUACACACACACACACACACACAGGUGUAUUUUAGUUGGAUUUCUAACACUGACUUAUACACACUUUGUGAAUAGCGAACGUUAGCUAGCUGUUUCGUCGCUAACAAAAGCGGAAGGAUUUAAAUAUGCCAUAACCUAAACGGUCCCAAAUCGCAUACCGGUGCACCAUCGAGCCUGUACUCGGUUUCUGAUGGAUCAUGUGGACUUGUACAUCAAGCUGGCCUGGGUAAACCAUCUACUCAGUGAUCUUUUUAGAGUGAUGUGUUUUUCUCCUCCACUGAUUCACUGCACCGUCUUCCACCAGCCACAGCAUGCGUCAGCGGUGCCACUGAAACAGCACAAAAACCACAAGAGACGGUCGGCUUGGUGCGUCACAGCUCAAGGACUCCAAAAAACAAACAAAACAAUGCAAGCACACAAACAAAAACCUCGAAACGUUAAUCACUAGACAUCGAGCGCAGCACAAUCCGUCUCCAAACAUUUCAGCAGGUCUAAUCUCAGACACACACAGGCUUCUUGUGGUACGAGUGUGGUCGGAGUGGUCACACACCAUUCUCCUGUUGUCCAUCUGGUGAAGGUAACUAAAGAGCGGUUCUUCACCAGAGCUGGAUUAGAUUAGAGCUGCGCUCGCUGUUCGAUUGUGUCUGGGGUCUUCGGUUUUAAACUCGGCCUGUGUAUUGCAUUUCAAAAGGCGUGUCCAGUUUGGUGAUGGAUCGGAUCGGGUGCAAGACGGACAGUUUAAAAAAACAACAACAAAAAAAAAAGUCAAACGAUGCUCUGAGCCACUACUGAUGAGCCGGACGCAGCUUCUCAGUCUAAUGUAAAACCGUACACGUGAUGUCACAACCUUCAAACUCUACUUUUCUUAUUUGUUCCUUGUUUUUUAGCGGCAGGGCGACACCACUUCGUUUGUUUUUUAGCUCGAUGUGUAUUUUAAUAAAAGGUAUCUGAUUGC